CUUUUAUCCAUAUCAAAACGGGGCGCGCUGUUCUCGACUGGACGACUCACGCGCUAAACGGUUAAGAGCAGCACAGGGGGGAGAGACAGAGAGACGGAUAUGGAGGGAGGCCUGAGCUUCCUCUGCAAUAUUUCUGGCGCCCCAAGCCCGUUACUCUCGUCAUCGAGCAACAAGUCCCUCUCGCUCAAUGCUCCUUCGAAACGCCGUCGGAUCAUUUCAGAAAUACAAGAAAUCAGGGUGUGCACGAACCGGACAUGCCGCAGACAAGGCUCCCUUCAAACCUUGGAAACUCUCUCGGGUCUGGCUCCCCCGAACGUUGCCGUCAAGUCCUGCGGCUGCUUGGGCCACUGCGGCGCCGGUCCAAACCUCGUGGCUCUACCCGGAAACGGCGUAGUAGUCGGCCACUGUGGAACGCCGGCUCGAGCCGCCCAGGUCAUGGUGGGAUUAUUGCUUCGUGGUCAUGAUUCGGACAACACUGCUGCCAAGACUGCCUUGGAAAUGCUUGCACUGAAGAAGAGAGCACAGAGAGAGUUGGACGACGGCAAUUUCUCCCAGGCUGAGUUACUGCUCUCACAGGCUUUAAGCUUAGAACCAUUUGGUGGUAUCCAUGUUUUGUAUAAAGACAGAUCUAGUGCAAGGUUAGCAUUGGGAAAUUAUUCUGGGGCUCUUGAAGAUGCCAGAGAAGCUUUGACAUUUGCUCCUCAGUACCAUGAGGCUUAUAUCUGUCAAGGCGAUGCUUUCUUGGCUAUGGACCAAUUUGAUUCAGCUGAGAAGUCAUAUUUAACAUCUCUGCAGAUAGAUCCCUCCAUUCGUCGUUCCAAAUCAUUUCAGGCUCGGGUUGCAAAGCUUGACGAGAAACUUGCUGCUGGUAAUAUGCCUUGAGAUCUCCAUAUGACGGAAUUCACAUUUGAAUCAAUGGCGAUACUAAGAAUAUAAACAAG